GCGGUCGCCAUGUUGGGAGCUGCUGGGCGCUGAGGCGGUGCGGGUGUGAGGCGGCGGCCGGGCCCUGCGAUAUCCCUCUUUUGCUCCUUCUCCUUCCUUCCCUUUCUCCUCUCCCGUCCCUUCCCCUCCCCGGCCACCCCAAUGGCGCUGGCCUGGCCCCCUCCUCCCGCUCCCUGAGCGCGGCCCGGGGCUCCCCUGCCCCUUCCGAGCCCCUGUCGCGAUAGUGGGGGCGGGGGGCGACAUGUCGGGCAGCGGGCGCAACCCCCUGCCCCCCCUCAGCGAGAGAGACCCUGAGCAGCCCGGUGCCACCGAGGGGAAGGGAGGCGGGAAGGCCAACAUGCUACGAGGCCGGAAUUCGGCCACCUCCGCCGAUGAGCAGCCCCACAUCGGCAACUACCGGCUCCUGAAAACCAUUGGCAAGGGCAACUUCGCCAAGGUCAAGCUGGCCCGGCACGUCCUCACUGGCAAGGAGGUGGCCGUGAAAAUCAUCGACAAGACGCAGCUCAACUCCUCCAGCCUCCAGAAGCUCUUUCGGGAAGUGCGGAUAAUGAAGGUCCUGAACCACCCCAACAUCGUGAAGCUCUUUGAGGUGAUCGAGACGGAGAAGACGCUUUACCUCGUCAUGGAGUACGCCAGCGGGGGCGAGGUGUUCGAUUACCUGGUGGCCCACGGGCGCAUGAAGGAGAAGGAGGCCCGGGCGAAGUUCCGACAGAUAGUGUCGGCCGUGCAGUACUGCCACCAGAAGUUCAUCGUACACAGGGAUCUGAAGGCAGAGAACCUGCUGCUGGAUGCUGACAUGAACAUCAAAAUAGCGGAUUUUGGCUUCAGCAAUGAAUUCACUUUCGGGAACAAACUGGACACAUUUUGUGGGUCCCCCCCUUACGCUGCCCCCGAACUCUUCCAAGGGAAGAAAUAUGAUGGCCCCGAAGUUGACGUUUGGAGCUUGGGCGUCAUCCUUUACACCCUGGUCAGCGGCUCCUUGCCCUUUGAUGGGCAGAACCUGAAGGAAUUACGGGAGCGAGUGUUGCGAGGGAAAUACCGGAUCCCCUUCUACAUGUCCACCGACUGCGAGAACCUGCUCAAGAAGUUCCUCAUCCUUAACCCAACCAAGAGGGGAACUUUGGAGCAAAUCAUGAAGGACCGCUGGAUGAACGUGGGCCACGAGGAUGACGAACUCAAGCCCUACAUGGAGCCUGUGCCAGACUACAAAGACCCACGAAGGACAGAGCUGAUGGUGUCCAUGGGAUACACGCGGGAGGAGAUCCAGGAGUCCCUGGUGGGGCAGAAGUACAACGAGGUGAUGGCCACCUACCUGCUGCUGGACCACAAGAGCUCCGAGCUGGAGGAGGUGCCGGCGCUGAAGCCGCGGGCGGCCCCGGACCUGGCCAACAGCUCGGCCCCUUCGCCGGCGCACAAGGUGCAGCGCAGCGUCAGCGCCAACCCCAAGCGCCGCGUCAGCGACCAGGCCGGUCUCUCCAUCCCCACCUCGGCCUCGUAUUGUAAGAAGACACAGGCGGCCAACGCGGAGAACAAGCGAGGAGGAGGAGGGGAGGAAGAGGUGGGGCGGCGGGCAGGCAGCACCGCCAAGGUGCCCCCCAGCCCCCUGCCCGGCCUGGAGCGAGGAGCCAAGGGCACCCCCUCGCCCUCCACGAACAGCGUCCUCUCCACGGGCACCACGCGGAGCCGUAAUUCCCCGCUGCUUGACCGGGCCAGCCUGGGCCAGAGCUCCCUACAGAAUGGCAAGGACAGCCUACCCACGCCUGGCUGCCGGCCCUCACCCGCCGCCCCCCUGGCCCCUGGUGCCCCCCCACGCUCCCGGCAGCACCCGAAACCCAGCGCCCCCCCAGCUGACGCCAACUGUGAGGUCCCCCGGCCCAGUGGAGCCCCCAGCCGUGUGCCAGCCGCCUCGCCAUCAGCGCACAACGUGAGCCAAGGCCCCGGGGAGGUUCGUCCCAGCUUCCCACGUGGCGUCUCGAGCCGCAGCACCUUCCACGCAGGGCAGCUGCGGGGGGCGCGGGACCAGACCCCCCUGCCCUACGCGCUGCCUCCCGCGCUGCCCCCAGCCUCCCCGUCCGGCGCCAGCCAGGGCCGCCGCGGCCCCUCUGCCAGCCUCUUCAGCAAGUUCACCUCCAAGUUCGUCCGCAGAAAUCUGUCUUUCAGGUUUGCCAGAAGGAACCCGCACGAGCCUGAGGGCAAAGACCGGGUGGAGACACUGAGGCCGGCGGUGGCUCCGGAUAAAGAACCACGGGAAGCGGGCGGUCGAGACGCCAAACCUCGUUCCUUGCGUUUCACCUGGAGCAUGAAGACCACAAGUUCUCUGGAACCUGGGGAGAUGUUACGGGAGAUCCGGAAGGUGCUGGACGCCAACAGCUGCCGGUGUGAACCUCAAGAGCGAUUUGUCCUCCUCUGCGCCCACGGAGCUCCCGGCCACGACUCCUUUGUCCAAUGGGAGAUGGAAGUCUGCAAACUUCCUCGUUUGUCCCUCAAUGGCGUCCGCUUCAAGCGCAUCGCCGGCACCUCCAUGGCCUUCAAGAACAUCGCCUCCAAGGUGGCCAACGAGCUCAAGCUCUGAGCCUGUCUGCAGCCUGGCACCUCUGCACCGUGCCGGUGGGAGGCCUGGUGGGACAAGGAGCCUCCAGGAUGGACGUAGGAGCUCUGUGGAUCUUUUACAUGGUCCAGGAACCUGUGAGGAACAUCCUGGAGGCUCAGGAUACACCUGGGAGCUCUGGGGGAGUCCUCAAUGGAUCUAGGAGCUCUGGAGACCUUCAUUGUGGUCCAGGAACCCGUGGGGAUGUCCUGGAUGGACCUGGGAUCAUCUUGGUGGCCCUGGGAUAUCCAGGAUGGACUUGGGAGCUCUGGAGACCUUCGUUGUGGUCUAGGAACCCAUGGAGACCUCCUGGAUGGGCCUAGGACAUGUAGGGGUGUCCUGGCGGCCCAGGGACGUCCAGGAUGGACAUAGGAGCUAUGGGGACAUCCUGGAUGGAUCUGUGGAUAUCCUGGUGGCCAGAAAUGUCUGAGAUGGACAUAAGAGCUCUGGAGGCCUUCUGCGUGGUCCAGGCACCCGGGGAGCUUCCUCCAUGGAUGUGGGACAUGUGGGGGUGUCCUAGUGGCCCAGGGAUGUCCGGGAUGGACCUGGGAGCUCUGGGGACCUUCUCUGUGGUCCAGGAUCUCAUGAGGACAUGGGGUCAUCCUGGAUGGACCUGGGGGGAUUUGUGGAGACAUCCUCGAUGGACCUGGGAUGUCCUGGUGGCCCAGGGACAUCCGGGAUGGACUUGGGACUUCUGAGAAUGUUCUGCAUGGUCCAGGGUCUUCUGAGGAUAUGAGAUCAUCUGGGAUGGACUGGGGAUGUUCUCAAUAGACCAGGAACCUCUGGGGAUGUCCUGGUGGCCUGGGCCCAUCUGGGAUGGACGUGGGACCUCUGGGGCCGUUCUGUGUGGUCCAGCAUCUUGUGAGGACACGGGGUCAUCCUAGUGGCCAAAGGACAUCCAGGAUGGACCUGGGAGCUCUGGGAUCGUCCCUGAUGGUCCAGGAACCUGGGGGGACAUCCUGGGUGAUCCUGGACCUCCUGGGUGGCCUUGGGGACAUCCUGGAAGGACCAGGGUCCGUGGGGACAUCCCAGGUGAUCCUGGAGCCCUUAGGUGGAUUUGGGGACAUCCUGGAUCCAUGGGUUUGUCCUAGGUGAUCCCAGACCUUCAGGGAUGUCCUGGGUGGACCCGGAGCUAUGGGGACGUCCUGGGUGACCUUGGGGACACCCCAAGUGAUCCUGGUGGCCUUGGGGACAUCUUGGAUGGACCUGGGGAUCUGUGAGGACAUCCUGGGUGGUCUCACACCCCUUGGUAGCCUUGGGGACACAUGGUGACAUCCUGGGUGAUUCUGGAUCCAUGGGGACAUCCUGGGUGGCCUUGGGGGCGUGGGGGCAUCCCAGAUGAUCCUGGUGGCCUCGGGGACAUCCUGGGUGGACCCGGGUGCCCAUGGGGACCUCCUGGGUGUCUUGGGGACAUCUUGGAUGGACCUGGGGACCUCCUGGAUGGCCCCGGAUACCCUUGGUGGCCCUGGGAACCCACAGGGACCUCCUGGGUGAUCCUGGAGCCCCUGCGUGGCCUUGGGGAUGGACCUGGGGACCCAAGGGGGCUGUUCUGGGUGAUCCCAGACCCCUUUGGUGGCCUUGGGGACUUCCUGGAUGGCCCUGGGGACUCACAGAGACCCUCUGGGUGGCCUUGGGGACAUCUUGGAUGGACCUGGGGACCUCCUGG